GCGCCAUCUGUUGGUCAUGAUGGGAUUGAGGAGAAGCUAGACGGUGUUUUAAGAACACGCACGUCGUAUAUCUUAUUAUCAUUAUUAAUAUGCAUCAGUGAAUUCGAGCAAGAUCAUCACCCACAUAGCUGACGAGCCGAGCCUGACUAUUAUUUUUCGCUUGCGUUCGUAUUUAAUUAUUACAUAUCGCAAAAGGAUUAUGCACAGUGUGACGAUUCCUUACAAAUCACGUCAAAAAACCAUUCUCCAAUAUUGAAAAUUAGUGACAGGGAAUAAUAACAAGAUUCAGUUGAGUUUUGAAGAGCUAAAGCUGUAUUAGCUACAUUCGCCGCCUCGUUGCCAGCCAAAAACGAUUUCAGUUCGUGAUUCAGUUUAAAGAUACAGCGCCUCGAUGAAGAUCCUGAUGCGAGCGGACACCCACGUGUCCUACUCCGUGCCCGCCGAAGGGCCCAAGGCCAACUUUACCUUUUCCCAGGUCUUGGCUGCUCUGAGUGUCUCGCUGUGCUCCUUGGUGGUCGGAUUUGUCAGCGCUUAUACGUCGCCUGCUCUUGUGUCGAUGACCGAUCGGACCAUCACCUCCUUCGAGGUCACAAAAGAUGCUGGUUCCUGGGUUGGUGGCAUCAUGCCGCUGGCUGCAUUAGCAGGUGGCAUAACAGGAGGACCCUUGAUUGAAUAUCUGGGAAGGCGCAACACGAUCCUGGCCACUGCGGUGCCCUUCAUUGUAUCAUCACUGCUGAUUGCCUGUGCUGUGAAUGUGAUCAUGAUUCUGUGCGGACGAUUCCUAACUGGAUUCUGCGUUGGCAUUGCUUCUUUAUCCCUGCCCGUAUAUCUGGGUGAGACUUUGCAGCCGGAGGUAAGAGGCACUUUGGGUUUGCUGCCCACCGCCCUUGGCAACAUAGGCAUCCUGGUCUGCUACGUGGCGGGAUCCUUUAUGAAUUGGUCGAUGCUGGCCUUCUUGGGAGCAGCUCUGCCUGUUCCCUUCUUGAUUCUGAUGAUCAUUAUCCCCGAAACACCGCGCUGGUUUGUGAACCGUGGUCAGGAAGAGCGUGCCAGGAAGGCUUUAAAAUGGCUGCGUGGCAAGGAGGCGGAUGUGGAGCCCGAACUAAAGGAUUUGAUGCAAUCUCAGGCCGAAGCCGAUAGUCAGGCCACGCGGAACACCUGUUUGGAGCUGUUUAAGCGCAUCAAUCUGAAGCCACUGUCCAUUUCCUUGGGUCUGAUGUUCUUUCAACAGUUCAGCGGUAUCAACGCGGUUAUCUUCUACACGGUCCAGAUCUUCAAGGAUGCGGGAUCCACAAUUGAUAGCAAUCUUUGCACGAUCAUCGUGGGUAUUGUUAACUUUUUUGCUACGUUUAUGGGCAUCCUUCUGAUUGAUCGGUUGGGCAGAAAAAUUCUUUUAUAUGUCUCCGACAUCGCCAUGAUCCUGACCCUGUCCAUUCUGGGCGGCUUCUUCUACUGCAAGGCGCAUGGUCCGGAUGUGUCCCAUUUGGGUUGGUUGCCACUCUCUUGCUUCGUCAUCUACAUUCUGGGAUUCUCCCUGGGCUUCGGACCCAUUCCCUGGCUGAUGAUGGGCGAGAUUCUGCCAGCCAAGAUUCGAGGACCGGCUGCCUCGGUGGUCACGGCUUUCAACUGGUUCUGCACGUUUGUGGUGACCAAGACCUUCCAGGACCUCACGGUUGCUAUGGGCGCGCAUGGAGCCUUCUGGCUAUUCGGCGCCAUCUGCUUCGUGGGUCUGUUCUUUGUGUUAAUCUACGUGCCCGAAACGCAGGGCAAGACGCUGGAGGACAUCGAGCGGAAGAUGAUGGGCCGUGUACCCAUAUCCGCGGCGGUCAACAUCAAGCCAUUUUCCUUCAACAUGUAAAUGGCGUGUUGCUAAGGAUCUGAGAUGCGAUCAAACCAAAUGCUAGGGUAGUGUCUUUAGUGCUUAAAUUGUUAUUAUUAAUAAUCAUUAGGUGAAUUUAUCGGCAAGAGCAAUAAACCAAAAUUUCUCUUGAAAAAUACACCAAUUGGAAAUUAAAAUAAUGCUUCGAUUAUUUG